CGUCCACACCUUUCAGCACACCUGGUGCUUAGUCUGAAGCAUGCAACAACCCGGCCGGCUGAGGCUGAGGCCAUGGCUGGAGGAGCAGAUUCAGUCUGGGAGGUAUCCAGGAGUCAGCUGGCUGGACCAGUCAGCUCGAGUCUUCCAGAUUCCUUGGAAACAUGCCGCUCGGCAUGGCUGGAGUAUUGACCGGGAUGCUACUCUCUUUAGGAGUUGGGCCAUGCAUACAGGACGGUACCAUCCAGGUAAAGACAAGCCAGAUCCUAAGACAUGGAAGGCAAAUUUCCGCUGUGCCUUGAACUCCCUGCCUGACAUCUGUGAGCUGCGGGAGCACAGCAGGAAAAGAGGCAGCAACGCCUACAGAGUCUACAGGAUGCUGCCAAGCACACAAACACACAGACGGAGGAGAGGGCUGCAGUUAUUCAGCAGGCCCAGGGAAAGACAGGCGAGUGACGACAUACACAUCACACAUGCUUGGCAACCAACAAAAGCCUUUUCAGACACACAACAAAAGGUGGAGACCCCUGCAGGAGACGCAUAUUGCAACACACAAACGCACGGGAUGUGGGAGGCCAAACCGGAGGACCCGGAGCAGAAUGAGGCUGUGUUUAAGCUGAUGGACCACUUGAGCAACGCUGACGUCUGGAACCAGACUGGAGAGCAGAGAGGAUGGAGAACACAUACACUGUGGGACCACUGGCACUGUGCUGACGAUAACCUGUGCUCUCCAUACACAGAGAACUACACUGAUCUGUUUGGUCCAAACUACAUCAAGGAACUUUCUGACUGGUCCACACAUCAGCAAACACUGAUGCCGUAGCUCUACACAAAAUGGCCCAUCCUCCUACUCUGUUGUGUGUUAACCACAUGUUGACUAAAAAAUGUUCUCCCUCCAGGCUUUCUUGCUAAACCUCAACUGAUUUCCUCCUGCUGUCUGUCUGCAGAGCUGACCGCUGAAAAAGGGAAACAGGAGAGGGGGAGCGGAUGGGGAAUAUUGCUCUGUCAGUCAGUCGGGUGGCCAUCCUUUCUGCUGAGCACACAGAGGUGAAGAUCCUGUUCCAAGCCAAGCUUUACUUCUGUCAUCAUCAUUUGGGUUCGCUAUGGUUCAGUGCCUCAAACUCACUGAUGUGACACCAAGCCCAAACCAAAGCUCCCAGAGAAAACAGAUCUCAUUUCGCUUCAGUACAAGAUCACUUACUGUUCUAUUAUUCUGAGUUUUACUGCAUGUUUAGCCAACACACAGUGAAUAAAGCACAGGACACAGAGCCUUUAACAGUUUGCAGGCUGUGUUUGUAAAUACUACAGUACUACACAGGAAACUGAUUUAAGUUGAUAUAUAUAUGUCCAAUAUAUGCAUCUGAUUCCUAUCCUUCUAUGUAUUUGGUUUUUCCUACUCAAUUUUGUAUAUUUUUUUAUUUUUUGAGGCAUUGUAUAUCGGGUUUUGUAUUUUCAAAAUAAUCCUGCAUUAUCAAACUGUAAAAGCAACUGAAGCACAUUACCUUGUCAAGACUCAUUGCAAAUGUGUUUGAACUGAAGGCUAUGGCUUCAGACAGCGGCUGUGUGUGUUACUUUAUUAAAAUCUAUAACCAGCAGCGUAAUUAAUCAUAGUUGGCAUCACUUAUUGCUGUCGAUUCUCCACUGAACUGAUGUGAUUAAUAAAAAGAUGAACUUGUAAUGUGCUUUUAUUGUUAAUUCAAUGCAUUUUAA